AUGUGUGGUAUCUUCGGUUACAUUAAUUACCUCGUCGAGAAGGACCGCAAGUACAUCCUUGACACCUUGCUCAAUGGGCUUUCGAGGCUUGAAUACCGAGGAUACGACUCCGCUGGCCUUGCCGUCGAUGGCGACAAGAAGAAUGAAGUGUGUGCUUUCAAAGAAGUCGGAAAGGUUGCCAAGUUGAAAGAGCUCAUCGAGGAAUCAAAACCUGAUCUGACCAAAACCUUUGAAUCUCAUGCCGGUAUCGCCCACACACGCUGGGCUACCCAUGGAACUCCAUCUCGCCAGAACUGCCACCCCCACAGGUCCGACCCAAAUUGGGAGUUCUCCGUUGUUCACAAUGGUAUUAUUACCAACUAUAAAGAGUUGAAGGCUCUCUUGGAAAGCAAGGGAUUCCGGUUUGAGACUGAGACAGAUACUGAAUGUAUCGCGAAGCUUGCCAAGUAUCUCUACGACCAGCAGCCAGACAUUGACUUCACAGUGCUCGCCAAAGCUGUUGUGAAAGAGCUCGCAGGUGCUUUUGGUCUUCUGAUGAAAUCCGUGCACUAUCCUCAUGAGGUUAUUGCUGCUCGUAAGGGAUCUCCACUUGUCGUCGGUGUGAGAACAUCGAAGAAGAUGAAGGUGGACUUCGUGGAUGUGGAAUACUCUGAGGACAUCGCCCUUCCCGCCGAGAAGGCUUCCCAGAAUGUUGCCAUCAAGAAGUCAGCGACCGGACUCCUCGCUCCUCCUGACAAGUCGCUACUCCACCGUUCGCAGUCUCGUGCCUUCCUCUCGGAUGAUGGCAUUCCCCAGCCUGCAGAAUUCUUCUUGUCUUCUGAUCCUUCCGCCAUUGUUGAGCACACCAAGAAGGUCCUGUACCUGGAGGAUGACGAUAUUGCUCAUAUUCAUGAGGGUCAGCUUAACAUCCAUCGAUUGACCAAGGACGACGGCACCUCCAACGUCCGUGCUAUUCAGACCAUCGAGCUUGAAUUGCAGGAAAUCAUGAAGGGCAAAUUCGACCACUUCAUGCAGAAGGAAAUUUUUGAGCAGCCCGAAUCCGUGGUAAACACCAUGAGAGGUCGCCUGGAUGUUGUGAACAAGCAAGUCACCCUCGGUGGACUCCGACAGUACAUCUCCACUAUCCGUCGCUGCAGGAGAAUCAUUUUCAUUGCCUGCGGUACCAGUUACCACUCCUGCAUGGCUGUACGAGGCGUGUUUGAGGAACUCACUGAGAUCCCCAUCGCAGUUGAGCUUGCGUCCGACUUUUUAGACAGACAGGCCCCUGUCUUCCGCGAUGACACUUGUGUCUUCGUCUCCCAGUCUGGUGAGACUGCUGAUUCUCUCAUGGCCCUUCGAUACUGUCUCGAACGUGGAGCCUUGACCGUUGGAAUCGUCAAUGUUGUUGGUUCUUCUAUUUCUCUGCUUACCCACUGCGGUGUCCAUAUUAAUGCCGGUCCUGAAAUCGGUGUCGCCUCGACCAAGGCGUACACCUCCCAGUUUGUUGCCAUGGUCAUGUUCGCCCUUUCUCUUAGUGAAGAUAGGGCGUCCAAACAAAAGCGACGUGAGGAGAUCAUGGAGGGCCUGUCCAAGAUCUCUGAUCAAUUCAGAGAAAUUCUGAAACUCAAUGAACCCAUCAAGGAAAUGUGCGCCAGCUUUUUCAAGGACCAGAAGAGCUUGCUUCUGUUGGGCAGAGGUGGCCAAUUCCCUACUGCUCUCGAAGGUGCCCUCAAAAUCAAAGAAAUUUCUUAUCUUCACUGUGAAGCCGUUAUGUCUGGUGAAUUGAAGCACGGCGUUCUUGCUCUUGUUGAUGAGAACCUGCCCAUCAUCAUGAUACUGACCAGGGAUGGAAUCUUCACCAAGUCUCUGAAUGCCUACCAGCAGGUCAUCGCUCGAGGUGGUCGCCCUAUCGUGAUUUGCAACUCCGAUGAUCCAGAAUUCUCUUCUUCUCAAACUGAGAAGAUUGAAGUACCAAAGACCGUUGAUUGCCUUCAAGGUCUUCUUAAUGUUAUUCCCCUGCAGUUGAUCUCCUACUGGCUUGCUGUAGGUGAAGGCCUGAAUGUUGAUUUCCCCCGCAACCUCGCUAAGUCUGUGACUGUCGAUGGGACUGGACUCCGGAUUGGAAUUGUCCACGCCAGGUGGAACAUGCAAAUUAUCGGGCCUUUAGUAGAAGGUGCUAAGAAAAGCCUCCUGGCGGCUGGUGUGGCUGAGGAUCACAUCACAGUUCAUACAGUCCCAGGAAGCUACGAGCUACCAUAUGCAGUGCAACGGAUCUACUCAGCAUCGCAGCUGCAAGCCGCCAAAGCAGGGUCCGCAGGUGAAGGCAUCAGCGCAACAGAUCUGCUCUCUUCCUCGACGGCAGACCUCAGCAAGGCACCUUCCUCCCCCUCGUCCUCCGCCGCGAAACCCUUUGAUGCUCUCAUCGCCAUCGGCGUUCUGAUCAAGGGCGAAACGAUGCACUUCGAGUACAUUGCCGAUGCGGUGACGCAUGGAUUGAUGCGGAUUCAGUUGGAUUCCGGCGUGCCUGUUAUUUUCGGGGUGCUUACUGUCUUGACUGAAGAGCAGGGGUUGGAGAGAGCGGGCCAGGGUACUAAGAUGCAUAACCAUGGAGAGGACUGGGGUAGUGCCGCGGUUGAGCUGGGAUGCAAGAGGAGGGAUUGGGCUGGGGGUGUGGUGGUUUAA